UAAAUAAUUAAACCUAUUUGGUUGCAAACAAGGAAAAGAAUCGGUUGUAAUUUUCUAUCAAUAAAGUUUACAAAACAAGAAUGGCUUACAGCUUAAAUUUGACAAAAUUCACAAAUGUGUUCCGCAGCAGAUUGGCACUGAUGAUAGAAAUAACUGAUGUAUACCGACCUCACAUCUCGACCCAUAAGGAAAAACUGAUGGGAUUGAUUAAGGAAAAAGCUGAGGCAGCUACCAAGUCUGAAUUGGCGAAGAAGAUGAAAGUUCUUAAAGGGUACAAAGUGGAAUUUUCACCGCCACGUCCGGCAGAAUUGACGAAAUUGUUCGCAGACUUGGAAUUAGUACAAGAGUUUUUCAGCAACAAGUGCUACAAUUACAUAACAGUUCGCCAAGCCUGGCUACUCUUCUUGGUUGGCACCGAAAUAUUAAUGUGGUUCUUCCUUGGAGAAACUAUUGGAAAACGACAUAUCGUCGGAUACAAAGUCUAACUGUUACCUACUUGUUAUUGCCUAUUUGUUAUUUUCAAACAGGUAGAUAUCUCUUUUUUACUUUCUAUGUGUAAAAUUCCUGUAAAGUAAGUAUCUACUAACU